AUGUCGCAAAGGAAAACUUUCAUUAUUACAGAUCCUAAUGAUCCAUUUUAUGGUAGCUCUAUUCCUAUGCGCUUCGAAGAAUUAGGUGCAAGAAGAAGAGCAGCUCUGCGACUUCUUCCAAACAUUGAAGAUCCAGAAAACAAAUCUAAAAUAGUUUUAUCGCGAUAUAAAAGUUCUAGAAAGUACAAAUUCGAUGGAGACAAAUGUACAUUAGAAGGUGGCUAUCGUUUGUGCCGUUCUUCGAGAUCUUUCGAUCAGCCAGGCAAAUAUUUCUGGGAAUUUAGAUUUACUAGUCGAGACUUAGAAGAUGGGCAUGUCAGAAUGGGAAUUGCAACAACAAAUGCUGAUAUGGAAGCCCCUAUUGGCGUAGAUGCAGAAGGAUAUGCAGUUAGAGACUUAGGCGGAGCAUUCCAUUGUUCGAAACAUCAAAAGCCAGAAGAAUAUGAUCCAGGAGUUGUUCCAUUUCAAGGAUUUAACGUUGGAGAUUUUGUUGGUUUUGGAUUUACUUUAGGAACUACGCCAGAAACUACUACAUUAGAAGUUUGGGUGAAUGGUAUGUACAGAGGAGUUAUCUUUCGUAACAUAGAUCCUACGAAAAAAUGGAUUCCUUCUUUAUCCAUUUUCCAUAACGCCUGGGUAGAAGCAUUCUUUGAAGUUUUCAAUUACGCGCCAGGGCCUGCAUGGACUCCAGCAGCAAAUAUCCCAGAUGAGCCACAAAAACAAAAAUACACACUUUCGCAGAUGUUAGAUGUAAUGAGAAACGGUACAGAAAGUCUACGUACAAAAGAAAUGUUUGCUGCAACAUUUGCAGUCUUAACUCCAAUUCAAGAUAUGCCAAUUUAA